AAGGGAACUGGCAUUAAAACAGGUAGAUUUUGAAAAAACUUUAGCCUUGGAAAAAAUCAGACAGCAAACUGAAAUGGCUAAAAUACAUUUGGAAAGUGAGAAGUUGAGCCUGAUAAAGGAAGGGAAAAUGUCGGAAAGUGGUAACGUUGAGUCACAUGGUAAACAUUUUGACAUUUUGAAUGAUUUACGCUUGGUGCCUAAGUUUGAUGAAAAGGAUGUGGACGUUUUUUUCACUCUAUUUGAGCGGAUUGCUGACACAAGAGGUUGGACGGGUCCAGACCGUGCAGUGUUGUUACAAUGUGUGUUGGUUGGUCGCGCGCAGGAGGCUUUCUCUAUGUUGAGUUCAAGUGAUUGUGAAAAUUAUGCUACGGUUAAAGCUACAAUAUUGAAGACAUAUGAGCUGGUGCCAGAAGCGUAUAGACAGAAAUUCAGGAACUGGAAAAUGGGAGAAAAGACUCAUGUAGAGUUUGCACGAGACUUGUCUACACAUUUCAGC